AUGGCUAUAGCAAGACCACCAGGUUCAGACUUUGACCACAACUGGCCAGAGAAUGCAGAAUGUCUGACAUUAGAUUUUGGUCCAUUUGAGACAGUACACCAAUGGAAGAGAAUGCCAGAAUGUGAUGAAUUUGUGGGUGCUAGAAGAAGUAAGCAUACUGUUGUUGCUUACAAAGAAGCAGUUUAUGUAUUUGGUGGUGAUAAUGGCAAGAAUAUGUUAAAUGACUUACUUAGAUUUGAUGUGAAAGAUAAGUCAUGGGGUAGAGCUUUUACAACAGGUAAGCCCCCCGCUCCACGAUAUCAUCAUUCAGCUGUUGUACAUGACAGCAGUAUGUUUAUAUUCGGGGGAUAUACUGGUGAUAUCCAUUCUAAUUGUAAUCUCACAAAUAAAAAUGAUCUGUUUGAAUAUAAAUUUAACACUGGACAGUGGGUUGAGUGGAAGUUUGAAAUGAGAACACCUGUAGCAAGAGCAGCCCAUGGAGCAGCUGUUCACAAUGGAAAGAUGUGGAUAUUUGCUGGAUAUGAUGGUAAUGCUAGAUUAAAUGAUUUAUGGACUGUAACAUUAGAUGGUGUAUCAAAACAAUGGGAAGAAGUUAAUCAAACGGGCGAAAUUCCACCAACUUGUUGUAAUUUUGCUCUGGCUUUAGCAAGAGAUUCCAUGUUUGUAUUUUCUGGCCAAAGUGGAGCUAAAAUAACUAACAGUUUAUUUCAGUUUAGUUUUGAUAAUAAACAAUGGACACGGAUAUCAACUGAUCAUAUUUUGCGUGGAGCUCCUCCACCCCCAGAAAAGAGAUAUGGUCAUACUAUGGUAGCUUUUGACAGACAUUUAUAUGUGUUUGGUGGAGCAACAGGACAAACAUUGCCAAAUGAAUUACAUUAUUUUGACCUGGAUUCUCAGACUUGGUCUAUAAAUGAACCUUCAGCUGAUAGUAUCAUUCCUGCAGGUAGAUUGUUCCAUGCUGCAGCAGUAGUAGGUGAAGCUAUGUAUAUAUUUGGUGGAACAGUUGACAAUAAUGUUAGAAGUUGUGAGAUUUUCAGAUUUCAGUUUUCAAGCUAUCCCAAAUGUACGCUUCAUGAGGACUAUGGCCGUUUAUUGGAAAGUAAACAAUUCUGUGAUGUCUCCUUCAUUGUAGGUGAACUUAAAACACCUAUUCCAGCACAUAUUUCACUAGUUUGUGCUAGAUCACCUUGGCUUAGAGAUAAAAUUAAGAAAUCCAAAAAUCAAGCAAGGAUUGAUGCUGCUGAGGUGUCAAGUGAUGUAAAAACUAGUGGAAUGUUAAAUGUGUAUUUACCAGAUGCUAAACCAAGAGCAUUUGAAAUGGUUUUAUCUUAUAUUUAUACUGAUAGAAUACAUCCAACUAAAACUGGAGAAUCGAAUGAUCCUCAUUCUAAUGAGGUUAUUUUAAUUAUGAUGGAUGUUUAUAGAUUAUCUUUACAAUUUUAUAUGUCACGUCUUGAACAACUCUGUAUUCAAUAUCUUGAAACGUGUAUAGGAAAUAAAAAUGUGCUGGUUGCAUUACAGAAUGCAGCUAAAUUGAAAUUAGAUUUUUUAAAAGAAUAUUGUUUAAGGUUUAUAAUCAAAGAAAGUAAUUAUAAUCAAAUUGUAAUGAGUAAAGAGUUCGAAUCUGUUGAUCAAACUUUAAUGGUAGAAAUUAUAAGAAGACACCAGAUUCCUCACCCCCGCCUAUUAGAUACACAUAAUGAUCUUAUUCAGUCCAAUUCAUUAGAAAAAGACAUGGAAGCAUUUCUGAAAACUAGUGGCCAUGAAUUUUGUGAUAUUACACUAAUGCUAGAUAAUAUCGCUAUACAAGGUCAUAAAGCUAUUUUAGCUGCUAGGGGAAGCUAUUUUGAGGCUAUGUUUCGAUCUUUUAUGCCUGAUAACAAUACCGUUAAAAUAACCAUAGGUGAAAUGGUGCCGUCUGUUCAAGCAUUUAAUAGUUUAUUAAGAUAUAUUUAUUAUGGAGAUGUUGUCAUGCCACCAGAAGACUCCCUCUAUUUAUUUCCAGCACCUUAUUUUUUUGGUUUUACAAAUAACAGACUGCAAGCUUUUUGUAAACACAAUUUGGAAAUGAAUGUCUCUUUUAAAAAUGUUAUUCAAAUUUUGGAAGCUGCCGACAAAAUCCAAGCAUUAGAUAUGAAGAAACAUGCAUUAAACAUCAUUGUCCAUCAUUUCCCAAAAGUGGCCCGAUUGCCACAUAUUCGUAAGUUGACAAGAGAUUUAUUAUUGGAUGUCAUUGAUGCAUUAGCUGAUGAUUUGAGUGACUCCAGACUUUGUCAAGAUAUGUCCAGUCCUAGUUUGAAUGAUUCCAUCAAUAUCUAUAAACCAUAUUCCAUGGACAAUCUUUAA